AGCCCUUGAUUAGCUGGUUCAGGUGUGUUUGAUUAGGGUUAGCAAAACUCUGCAGGACAGUGGCCCUCCAGGAACUGCAUUUGACAGCCUCGUCUUAAAGGUACAUACUUAAAUGUACCUUUAGUUCCAUUUAAAAGGUUACCGCCCCAGUGAGAGUUUUGUACCUUUCCUCUGAGAGUGUAUAUUUUUAAUUUUAAUGAGUGCUCGUUGGUCAUUUGUUGCCCUUUGAUGAUGUGGGAGGGUCAGAAAAUAGCAUGAAGAGUAUUUAAGGGCCUAAAUAGUCCAACUGAAACAGAAUUUACUAGAUUCGACUUUUCUGAGACGAAGAAACCACGACAGGCAGGAUGGAUUUAUCAUCACAACAAUAUGAUCCCACUCAGUUUUGUUUUCCUGCAGUGAACAACUCUUGUCUUAAAGGGACACAUCAUGUUUCCACUCAGACUGUGGUAUAUCUCCUAUUGGUGUCUGCAAUGAUUGUGACCAUUCUAGGAAAUUCGGUGGUCAUCAUUUCAAUCGCGCACUUCAAACAGCUCCAGACUCCCACUAACAUCCUGGUGAUGUCUCUGGCUCUAGCAGAUCUGCUGCUUGGACUGGUGGUCAUGCCUUUCAGUAUGAUCCGUUCUGUGGAUGGCUGCUGGUAUUAUGGAGAUGCCUUCUGUUUGCUGCAUUCCACCUUUGACUUGUUUCUUGCAUCAGUGUCUAUUUUCCAUCUUGUUUGUAUUGCUAUUGAUCGACAUCAGGCUGUUUGUUAUCCGCUUCAGUAUCCUACAAGAAUAACCAUACCUGUUGCAUGGGUCAUGGUGAUGAUAAGCUGGGCUAUGAUUGCAGUCUAUUCAUAUGGUCUACUGUACUCAAAAGCUAAUGUGGAAGGACUGGAGGAAUAUAUUGAAUCAAUAUAUUGUAUAGGACAUUGCAGUCUGCUUUUCAGUAAAUUAUGGUCUGUUUUAGACACAUUAAUAACUUUUUUCUUUCCUUGUUCUGUCAUGUUUGGACUGUAUGUUAGGAUUUUCGUAGUUGCAAAAAAACAUGUAAGAACAAUCAGUGAGGCAAACCAGCAUGAAAAUGAGAAUGUGUUUAAAAGCUCUCGACGAUCUGAACGCAAAGCAGCAAAAACACUUGGUGUGGUCGUUGGUGCUUUUAUCAUUUGCUGGUUGCCAUUUUUUAUUAACUCCGUGAUGGAUCCCUACAUCAACUUUUCCACCCCACUUGCUCUCUUUGAAGUGUUUGUCUGGUUAGGUUACAUUAACUCCACCAUAAACCCCAUCAUAUAUGGCUUUUUCUACCCAUGGUUUAGGAAAACUCUUUCUCUCAUUGUAACAAGGAGAAUAUUUGAACCAAACUCAUCUGAUAUCAAUGUUUUCACAGUUUGAUUUAAUUUCCAUCUCUGUGCAUCACAUUGGACAACAUUCAAUAUUUUUAUACUUACUGAAAUCUUUAACAACAAAAUGAAUGAAGAACAGUGUAAAUUACAUGUGUUUUAUUUGUGCAAAAUUAAAAGAUGAUUUAUCUGACUUUGUA